AUGACCACAUUCCUAAUUCUUGUUCUGGCGUCAACAUUCUAUUCCACUCUCUCCUUCAAGCCGCUCACCAAGGAAGAACAGGUCGAGAACUACAACAAAAUGAACGACGACGUGGAGCCGUUCCGGCGAAACUUGACAGAGUGCGCGCGGCAAGUCAAAGCGUCCAUGGUGGACGUCGAAAACUUCCUGAAGAGAAUCCCCCAAUCUUCGCUGCAGGGUAAGUGCUUCGUUGCGUGCAUUCUGAAGAGAAACUCCAUCAUCGUCAAGAAUAAGAUACACAAGGAGAACCUUCUGGAAGCGAAUAGAGCGGUUUAUGGUGAGGACAGUGAAGUUAUGUCCAGGUUGCAGUCAGCUAUAACGGAAUGCGGUGACGUGGUGGAAGGCAUUUUCGAAAUAUGCGAAUAUGCAUCCGUGUUCAACGACUGCAUGCAUAUGCGGAUGGAGCAUAUCCUAGACAAGGUCACUAUGGAGAGACGAAUGGAGGCAUUGGGGCAGAUGACGUCGAACCCAGACAUCUGGACGGAGGAGGACGAUGAAAUCUUAAAGCUGGUUAAGGAUGAACUUUAA